AUGUCCAUAAGUAACCCUGGUUCGGAUGAUGAGAUGCAAGCUUGCACUCAUGCCUGUCAGGUUACAAAGCCACGAGUCGUAACCAGUCAGUCUAGGGUCAUUGAAGUUAAACGACCCUUUGGACGGCGGCUCAACCACCUCCAUCUCUUUAGACAAGCCUCGUCUCACCCGAAACGAGGGGGUAUGCCUCGUGAGCGCCACAGACCGGAACGCCAAACUGGAGCCAAGCGGCUACAGACGAGUUGGGUCGCCUUCUUUUGGACAAGCAUGAGUAGUUCUACCUCAACCUUCUGCCAACGUAUUCCCUAA